AUGUAUCAAUACAGAAAAUAUUCCCGAAGACCCAUUUGUAUUAUUUUCGCUUUUUCAAUAUUACUCUUGCUGGUUUUUGUACAGAAUGUGGAUACCACUUCAAACAUAACGGAAACAGCAAGAGUUUUGUCACUUCUUAUUUCUUCAUCAAGAGGACAAAUUCAAAACGCUCCUUUAACAUUGUUGGCAUUUAAAGAGACGGAAAUCAUGCUAGUUCUGACACAACAUGAAAAGUACUUGUCCAUCUCACCUAAAACUUUGUUUUAUUCAGGCGGAAUUAUUGGAAAUAAUAUUGCUCAAAUCAAUGCCAGCUCCGUUGAUUUUUCCGUGUUUGCUUCAAUUGUUCAAAACACAACUCUUCCUUUGUCGACGUUAUACUUGAAAGUAACCUCUUUUUGUUUUCAAUUGCUCAAAGAAGUUUACAUGUCUGAUAAUUCUUUUCUAAAAGGAUACAAAAUGUGCUUUUUUAAAUCCUCCCUUAAUGGUGUUGGCGUGAAUAAUUAUUUUUCGAAAACAAGUGAAGGAUUUAGAUGCAUUUCUGUUGACGACUCAGGUGAAGCCGUCACUUCAGAUGUCUCUAACGGAUUUAUUGAAGAUUUUGCUGCCUCUCUGUCAGUGAUUACUAUCAUCGCAAUUGCAUUUCUUUGGAUGCAAAGUAGAUUUAAGUAUAGAAUUCUCGAUUCAAAACGACAUCCAUUCUCAUACUUCUAUUUUGGUAACGAUACUGAUUGGGAUAACGCUUCUACAUCUGAUCUUUCUGUAGCUUUAAGACCAAUGUUUCCAUUAUUCAAACAUUUAUCCAACCAAAUUGAUAAACUAUACAAAUUCUUUUCCAAAAUCUUGAAAAAUAAGGUUGAUCAAGAUCAUGUGAGAAAAUACAAAAAGCUCACAUCAACCAGAUUAUUACGUUAUCAAAUAUUUAUGGAUGCUUUUAUUUUACUUUGCAUUGGGGCAUUUUCUUCUGUACAAGUUUUUGUACCAAACAUUAUUUGGUUUUCCAAUUUCUUGACAAACAAUUCACAUUUUUCUAAUUAUUUUUCUCAAGAAAAUUUUGAUGUGAUUAACCUUAUAAUAUGGGGAAUUUCGUUUUUAUUUACAUUUAUUGCAGUAUUUACUCUUUUCAUUACAACAUCAAGCAAACACAAAUUACUAUUUUGGAACUUGAGUUACUUACCUGAUGCCACAAUUUUAACAAUUAGUGACAUUAUUUUUAAAGCAGUCACACUCAUUCUGAUGGAUAUUAUUAUUGCAAUUUUACCAUUUUGGACAUUUGUGACCAAGGCAGGAGUGAUGAUUAUGGUGUCACUAGUGAUCAUUCUUUGGGGCUCUCAAAAUAUCAUUGUUCCAAUCAACAAAUGGACCAAACAUUUUCAACAUGGAAAUUAUAGUCACCUCGUGUCCUCAAUUGCUCUCUCAUAUAGUAAGGAAUUACUCUUGACCCUUCCUUUUUGUGUACAAGUUUUCAUGAUGGCAGAGACUGUAUUUCGAAUCAUUUGGUCAUUAAUUUUAUCUUUUGUUGUGAACAAUAACAAACUCUCACUCAUCGGCAUACUGGGCAUUAUGAUCUCUUCAGUGAAGAGUAUGAUCAACGAUUUGCUUCAACCUACUAAGUUGGCUCGUAAGAAAGUAAUUGAGCGACUUGAUUCAUUUGUUUUUCCGCAUUUAACAACGUCUAAACGCUAUUCGUCUCAAUCCAACCAAAUCUCAACAUACAGCAACAUUAUUAGUGCAUAUACUAACCUAAUUGAAAAUUCACCAUUUGAUUAUUCUUAUGUUGACACGUUAUGUUUGCAUGAAAACUUAGAAGAAAUCAAAGAUAUUGCUUUUCGUAAAAAGAAAAAACAAUACACCAGCAGUGACAAUGUUGCACUCGAAAAAUUACAAAACACUGUAACUUUAAAAGUUGAACAUGAAGAAGUCAAGAACGAAGAGCAACUCAAAACCAAAUUCGUUGAGGAAAAUGAUCGCCCAAGAUAUUUUUACAUUCUCUUCAAGAAAGAAAUAUCCAUGCUUGUGAGAGCGAUUUUCCUAUCAAGUCAAGAAAAAGAUGAAUCUAAAUUAAGAGUUAUUUUGAAACGAGGUGACAAUCUCUAUACACCCUUACUAAAUACUGACAUGAAAUUGAUCAAUAAUUUACUUACUGGUCGAAUUCAAAUCAUGUCAGGAAAUUUGAGCAACUACAUGUUGGUCAUUCUGGUCUCCAUCAUCAUCUUUCUAUCAUUUUCAUUCAGUAAUUCUGGAGAUUAUGAUUUAAUAAGCAACUUUGUAAUCAUUGGAAGCAUUUUCAUUCCUCAACUUUUUGGAAGACUAGACAGUGGACAAAUUGAAGAAUUGUUUGAUCGAAGAAUUGAGCAAGUCAUGCUUGUAGCAAAGAGAACACUUGCGAAAAAGUUAGGUUGUCCCGAAAAGGAUUUGAAUCUUUGUGUAUUCAAUUAUCAACACGACUCUGACAUUAGUAAUUUCUUAGAACAUAAUACUCCAAUUUUUUCUGAAUCCAUUGGAAAGAAAAUAAUGGAACAAUGGGACUAUGCGUCCAAUCAAUCAACAUUAACAGUGGAUCAUAACAAAUUCAAGCAGCUAAUUUUAGUUUCAUGGGAUGAGUGUCUAAGAAUUAUCAAUAGCUCCACAAAAUCAAUGAAUCUAGGAGGAAGCAAUGAUUAUCUUAAAACUCACACACAAUUCAUCAAUAAUUUUUCUCAAGUUGUAUAUUAUCUCAGUAAUUUUGAAGCUGAUUCUGUUGUGAGCGUGUAUGAGUUCAUUCACAUGAUGGAAUUAAUGAAGAGAGUGGUCUCUUCGGUGAGAGAAGACUAUACGAGUGAUAUGGACCUUACUUUUGCUUUCUUCUUCUUUUGUUACCUCCGAGGUAAAUCUGUUGAGGUUGGAAAGAAAAACUGUAAUGCUCUUGAUGUUUCAUAUGGAGAGCAAGAAUUUCCCAUCUUCUAUUCGGCCUUCCAAAUGUGGCUCAGUAUCAGUGAACCCAAAAAACAAAAGCUGGAAGAAUCUCGUCACAUUACGGAGCUAGUUUUUGCUCUCUUCCCUGGUGAUCAAUUAUUGUCGCUCGAACAGUUUCUUCAUUCAUAUCGAGCUGUUCGUUCAGUACUCAAUUCCAACAAGCUUCUCUUCAAUGACUCAAUCGAAGAAUUGUGA